GGGUUGAUGUGGGUAUAAGGAAGGUGGCUGCUCAACGUCGAUUAUUUGAUGCUUUUCAAUUGAGGCUCUUUAUCGUCACUUUCCUUCAAACUUUUGUUUCCAGCUUCAAGUUGUUGAAUAUAAAAUAGCGGACUAGCAUAUACUAUGUCUUUUCACGAUAUCAAGUACAUUGAAUUAGGCGAUAGCAAGACAGUUGAAGAGAAGCGGGGCGUUUUCACUGUCAAGAAGCUUGUUUUAUUAGUUUUUGCUGCAUUGGCAGUGGGAUUAUUCCACCCAUCUAUUAACUGCUUUACUGGUGUUGAUACAGUUGCUAAGACCGAUGGCUCUUCUUUCUCCGCCUCCGACUCCGCGUUGUGUCCAAUUCCAUCUAAGGUUCCAAUUAAGGAGCAUGACGCCAUUCAAUACAUUCUCACCGACAACGAAUACAAAAAGGAUGUAAUUGAGAGAUUCUCCAAGUCUUUGCAAAUUGAGACUGUCAUCUAUGAUGACACCACAGACUAUUCAGAGAUGCAAAAGUUUCACGACUAUUUGGAGGAAUCUUUCCCACUAGUCUACAAGACCGCAGACGUGUACAAGAUCAAUACAUACGGCUUGGUCUUUCACUUCCCUGGCAGCAAUGAAGACCUAAAGCCAAUAAUGCUUGCUGCACACAUGGACACUGUUCCAAUUGGCGACCCAUCCGACUGGAAGGAGAGCCCUUUUAGCGGCAGGUUCGACGGUGACAAGUUUCACGGCAGAGGCGCCAGCGAUUGUAAGAACUUGUUGGUUGGUUUAAUGGAAGCCGCCGAAAAACUCAUUGCCGAUGGCAAGUCCAAUUUCGAAAGAGGCGUCAUUUUGGCGUUUGGUUAUGACGAGGAAGCAAGUGGGUGGCAAGGAGCACAUCACAUCGGAGAGUUUAUCGAGAAGAAGUUCGGCGCAAACUCCAUUGAGGCCAUUGUUGACGAAGGUCCAGUCAUGUUCCUCGACUUCAUGGGUGACUACUACUCAAUGAUUAUCAGCGGUGAGAAAGGCUAUUCCGACCUCACUGUUGAAGUCGACACACCAGGUGGACACUCCUCUCUCCCAAAAGACCACACAUCCAUUGGAAUGAUCUCCAAGUUUAUCUACGACUACGAAAAUGACCCAUUUGAGGCUAUUCUUGUUCCAGAAAACCCAAUGAUGGGAUUCUUUGAAUGUGCAGCAGAGCAGGGCCAUUUGCCAAAGCCAUUGGCAGAUGCGGGGAAGAACGCUAGAUUCGACGAAAAGGCUCGGGAUGUCAUUCUCAGUUACUCCCAUGACAACACGUUCCUCAAGUAUCUUUUGAGAACUUCGCAAGCUAUCGACAUCAUCAAUGGUGGUGACAAGGCCAACUCCUUGCCAAGAAGUGUCAGUGCAGUCAUCAACCACAGAAUUGUCUAUGGUAAUGAUGUUGACACUGUCUGGAGCAAGGCUGCCAAGCACGGCACAACUGUUGCCAAGAAAUACAACAUCGGCUUGACAGUCAACGACGAAGUUCUCUUCCCAGAAACUGAAAACGGUAACAUGGUGAUUUCUUACUUUGGUCCACCAUUGAAGACUGCAAAGCCAACUUCUACCAAGUCCGAGUUCUGGGGCGAGUUCACAGGUUUGAUCAAGUCCUUUUACGAAGACGAGGUUUAUCCAGAAAAGUUCGAGACUGGCAGCAAGAACUUCAUCAUUACCCCAAGUAUCAUGACCGGUAACACCGACACCAGACAUUACUGGAACUUGACUGACAACAUCUUCAGAGUUCAACCUGGCUCGUUGAACAUGUUUGAGGCCAACGUUCACGGCCCUAACGAGUGGGUCGAUCUUGAGACCCACUUGCAAUCUAUCUCAUUUUAUUACAACUACAUCUCUCACUUCAGCAUUAAGGAGGAGUAAUGAUGUCAUGUUUCGCAGUUUACGAUAUAUAUUAUUAUUUCGCUUCUUUUUUCUCCAUCUUUUGGCUUCUAAAUAAUGCAAACAAUUGUCUUGAUUACAGCAAAUACCUAACUCAACUCCAGU